AGACUGGGUUUAUAAUGGGCAUUAUCUUCCCGGGCAUGGUGGUUACAACCUCGGAUGGCCGUGGCAAGGCGAAGCUAGCCCAGCCUAGCAACCGCGAAUGGGCGACGGUGAUCCAAGGCGUCAAUGCCCUUGGCUGGGCUAUCUCUCUAUUUAUCAUCUUAGCAGCGCAAUACAGUCUCCUCGGGCCCUCCAGCAACGGGGCAAAUCGAGCCACAAGUUCUUUACGGGUACAGGCGAGUUCCGCCCAGAUAUCCCACUUCCCGAUGCCGUGCCGCUUGAGGAGAGGGAAUCCAGCUUGGAGGGCGAGAGCAAGGAGGGAUUCCUCGCCAUGAUGCGCAAAAUGCUGCAGUGGGAACCAUCAAAGCGUUCCUUGGCCAAGGAGCUGGCCGAGGACGAAUCGGUGAUGGCGUACAUGUAGAAUGAAUGAUGGCCACAGAGCUCGAGGGGCAUUCCUCGCGGCAUUCCGGAUCCAGACCUGGAUUUACGCCGUUUUUGUGGGGCCAAACAAGACACGUUUUAUGGUCAAAGACGCCGUCGUAUUCGUGGCGCGCGACGCGGUACUCACGGUCCACUAGGCCAUACUUAUCUGGAGGUCGUGGCCACGCUGAGCAACCCGUCGCC